AUGACGGACAGGGGAGCACGUGCUACAAGAGAAGUAACUACUGCAUUCGAAUUGUCAACGAGUCAACCGACUUCAUUUGUCAAUCCAACACAUUGGGCCGUACAGCCAAGAGUUAACUAUAAUCGCAGGCGCAUUUUUACGAAAGAAGGUGAUAUUGAUUUGAUUAGAUUGAAUAUUGAGAAACGUUGUCGUCGAUAUUUUGGAGAUUUCUUUACGACAUUGCUGGAUCUAGGAUGGAGCUGGAUUUUAAGUUUUCUGGUAUUGUCAUUUGUUCUUUCGUGGCUCAUAUUUGCAGGUAUUUGGCUGCUAAUCAUGAAAAUUCAUGGAGACUUUUCAGAUGAUCCAACGAGUGCUACUCGAACUCCGUGUGUAGCUGGAGUGACCACAUUUGCGGGUGUCAUUCUUUUUUCGAUUGAAACUCAACAAACAAUCGGAUAUGGGACGCGAUCAGUAACACAACAAUGUGCGAGUGGUGUUGCUCUUCUAAUGAUCCAAUCAUGUGUUGGUCUUAUUCUUCAAGCAUUGUGGGUUGGCAUUGUUUAUACUAAAUUGGCUCGUCCAAAAAAACGUCGUCGUACUUUGAUGUGGUCUCGUCAAGCUGUCAUUGCAUUCCGUAAAAAUAAUUUGAUACUUCAAGUUCGCAUUGCUGAUAUGAGACAACGAUCGACUUUACUUGAAGCUCACGUUCGAAUGUAUUUCAUUUCUAAACAUAUCACUAAAGAAGAAGAAGAACAAGACGAAGAAAUGAUUCCACUACACCUAGUGGAUAUGGAUGUUGGAUUUGAUGUUGGUCGGGAUCGACUCCUUCUCAUCUGGCCUUUGAUCAUCGAGCAUCGCAUCGACUCCAAGAGUCCUCUAUGGCUUAUGGAUAAAAGAAAAUUAGAAAAGGGUGAAUUUGAAAUCUUAGUUGUCUUUGAAGGAAUCAUUGAAUCCACAGGAUUGACAACACAAGCGCGAACAUCUUAUACGCCUAAUGAAAUCAUUUGGGGAGCAAGAUUCAAUCCCAUUAUUCGUUUCGAUCCACUUACUCAUUUCACUGUCGACUUUUCUAAAUUUAAUUCAACCACACCAGAUCGCCGAACAAAAGAUUGUUCAGCGAAACAAUUACAAAGCGAGAGCGAACGUUGA